GCCAUCUGUCGGCCAUUGGAGUCAAUACUUAUUGUCGUUACAAUUGUUUCGCCAUUUAUUGUCUCCUAUUAUUUGGACAACAGAUCCUCUCUUCUCAAUCACUUACCACUCGUUUCUUGCAUUUUGACAUUCAUUAGCGACACUCUCUUCGCUACAACAGUAAUGUCGGCCACCGAACAGAUGAGACAGAUGUUGGAUCAGCUGAUGGGCACCGCCAGAGAGGGAGAUGAGUCCAAACAUCGGUAUCACUUCACUGACCAUCGGGUGUGCAAAAGCUUUCUGUUGGACUGUUGUCCGCACGACAUCCUGGCCUCGACGAGAAUGGACCUAGGUGAAUGCAACCGUUACCACGAUCUGGCGCUUAGGGCCGACUACGAGAAAGCGGCCAAAACCAAGGACUACGGCUAUGAUGUGGACGCGUUUCAACACUUGGAGUCAUUCGUUGCCGACGCCGACAAGAAGACAGAGGCCGCCAAAAAACGAUUGGCCGAAACUCAAGAGGAAUUGAGCGCCGAAGUGGGCACUAAAUUGAAUAAAGUGCACGAAUUGGCCGAAGGAAUCGGUAAAAAGUUGGCCGCAGCCGAAGCGGCCGGCGCUGAAGGCAAUGUCGAAGAAUCGCUUAAAUUAAUGGAAGAGAUCGAGAAGAUUAAGAAAGAGAAAAGCGGAGCGGAAGUGGAGUACAGGAACUCAAUGCCGGCCUCCAGUUAUCAACAGCAGAAACUCCGCGUUUGUGAGGUUUGUUCCGCUUAUUUGGGAAUUCACGACAACGACAGACGUCUGGCCGACCAUUUCGGCGGGAAAUUGCAUUUGGGAUUCAUUACGAUUCGCGAAAGACUCGAGGAAUUGAGACAAACUGUAAGCGAAAAGAAAAAUCGCGGCGCUAUUGAAGAGAGGGAGGAAUACGGAGGUAAUCGAUACGGCAAUCGGAACCGAGAGCGCGAGCGAUACGACGAUAGACGCGAUCGGCGUCCGGCCGAACGGCGAAGGAGUCGCUCGAGAUCUCGGGAUCGGAAUCAGGACCGCAAUCCAGACCGGAAUCAAGAGCGCAGUCAAGACCGCAAUCCGGAUCGCAAUCCCGAUCGCAAUCCCGAUCGCAAUCAGGACCGCAACCAAAACAGCAGUCAAAGGAGACGUCGAUCGCGGUCUCGAUCACCGGGACAUCACUCAAGACAGCGCUCGAGAUCACGAUCUCGUGACAGAAGAGAUAGAAACGAUAGAAAUCGUGACAUUAGGACAUCGACUGAACGAUAAAUGAAUUUCACUAAUUGUCUGCAAAACGAUUUCCCGAUUUGUGAAUUGAAAGCUUAUGAUAAUUAUACCGUAAUAUCAUUUUCUCAUAUUAUAAAAAUAUUGACGAUUUUUAUAAUAACUUAUUUUAAAAAUUGUUUUAUUUUUUGUCCGAAGAACGAAAUUUUUUGUAUUUAAAUUCAUUUUAGAAAUUAAUUAAAUAAAAACAAGACUCGAAUUUUCAAACGUUAAAAUA